UUAUUCCAGACUGGGGUCAGAAUCAGCCAUCUCAACCGCAGAUGUACUGCCAGAUCAAUGGCAUUGUAUUUGCCGUUACUCCAUUACCAAGACAACCUAGUACAGCUUGGCCUGGUAACGGUAGUGGACAAACGCUCCCACAGGAAUUACAGACUCCCUUGAAAUGCGCAAGUUGUCAGACAUUAUUGUCUGAACGUCCACCAGUACCGCCACCAAUGUAUUACCCGAACACCGCGCCCGCGCCGCCAGUCAAAUGUUGUGGACCUGCUGUGGAAUGGGUUCCUACUAACAUUAAUGAUGCCCAUACGCUCCGCGAUCGUGCUGUAGUUGCUGGAUUUGAAAAACAUAACGGUAGUGCACUCUGGGUUAUCAGAGCCAAGUACGCCGGCGAUAUGAUUCCUGGUAAACUAGUUGCGAGACAUAAGGUCGCUUACGUUGGAUGGGAUGGUAGAGAACAUGACGUCCAUGAAUUUGAGGUGUGCUGCGCUCGCCCAGAGAGAAUAAUGUGGCAGGAAGGCCGUAAUGGGCAUGUUCCUCCAAAUGCGAUUGUAGCUGGCAGAACGUCUAAUGGAGAGCCUCUGUAUGUCGGCAGGGCUUUUGAGCAAGGAUCAUUGACGCCUGGAAAGGUUCAUCCCAGUUAUCAAGAGCUGUUCCUUCCAUUCGACGGUAGAGAAGCAUCCCACACAGAAUACGAAGUACUGUGUUCCGUAAACGUUGUCCAUCUGUGUAAUUGUCCAUGUGUGUAA